CCCUCCCCCCGCUCAUUAAAGAGACUGUGAUGGGUCCACCCCUCCCACCCCAUCACCUCCCACCUCAUUAAGGAGGCUGUGUCCCUUGUGUGGGAUGUGUCCCUGGGAUGGGACCCUUCCUCCGCUCGCCCGCCCGCUCGCUCGCUCCCUCCUCCCCCAACACUCACUAAUGCCCCCCCCGGCCCUCUCCGCCCCCGCGCCGCCUCUGCUCGAGUCGCGUCUCCCCGCGCUUCCGCUCUCUUCUCGCUUUAAAGUGGCGAGGCCGCGCCGACUGCCGGCUCCCUGGCCUCGAUCCCCUUUCUCCGAUCCCCGAUCUUUCUCCUAUAGUCCCCGAUUCCUCACCCCAGUUCUCAUCUCGAGUCGUGCCACUGGACCCCCCCGAUCCCUCCACCCCCUCCGCCGCCCCCACUGCCGCCUCAGCCAUGACCUCCCGUCUUCACAGCGAGUCCCUGAUCCCCGAUCCCUCUCCUCUGAUCCCUCAUCCCGAUCCCCGAGCUCCGAGCUGUCAUCCCCGAUCCUCACAGCAGCUCCCUCGUUCCUCUUCCAAGAUCCUCUCUCCCUGAUUCCUGCUCACCCGACUCCCUCAUCCUGAAUCCCCGAUUCUCAUCCCUGAUUCUCAUCCCCGAUCUCGGCUCCUGACACCACCUCCUACGCUCGUCCCUACGGCACUGCCCUGAGUUGCCCCACGUGGGCCCCGGGGGGCCAUGGUGCGCAAGAAGACGCUGCCCCUGCGCACUGUGGUGGCCCCCGCGGGCCCCGAGGACCCAGAGGCUGCAGCCGAACCAGGCCACGCAGGUGGGGAGGCCUCGGACCCUCUCGCCGACCGUGCCGAUGCGACCCCGAGGGGUGGCAUCGGGGGUCCCUGGAGCCCCGAACUCGACCGGCCCGGCUCCCCGGAGGGGCCCGGGGCCCGGGACGAGGCCGGGCCCGACCCAGCGGGGGCCCCGCCCGGGCAGGACAGCGGGGGUGGCCCCUCACCGGGAGGUCCCGACGCGAAGGCCCGGGGAGGGUCGCCGGCGGCGGGCGCACCAGCCAUUGCGGCCUCCACGCCACGGCUACAGGACUUCACGUGCGGCGCCUGCGGCUACAGCUACCUGGGCAGUGACCCCGCCGACCUCGUGAAGCAUGUGCGUCGCUUCCACCUCGGCCUGCACGCCCGUGGCCGGGACCCCGACCCCGAUGGGAGCCGGGUCCUGGCGGCGGGGCCUCGCGCCCUGCGCCGCGUCCCAGAGGUGGGCCCUACCGGGCCCCGCGCCGUUGAGCGGCAUCUUCUGUUGCUAAGGGAUGGGGCCCAACCCAGCCCGGUGGCCCAUGAUGUGCAGGUGAUGUGCCGAGGAACUCACGUGGGCAUCGGCCGCAAGACCCCGGACUGUCAGGGCGACACCAAGUACUACCGCUGCAAGUUCUGCAACUUCACCUACCUGGGCAGCUCCCCGGCUGAGCUGGAGGCCCACGCUCUCUCGCUUCACCCCAACAAGGUGAAGGCUGGUACGGGGCCCGGCGUCAGUGGCAAAGACGCCUCUUCUUCCUCUUCGGAUGUCCGGCCGCGCGGCCCCCCCGUCGCCAACGCCGAGGGCCAGGGAGCGGCAGCGCGAGGCCCCUGCCCGGGCCACGGCGAUACGCCGGGUGCCGUUUACGUGUGGUGCGGCCUCUGCGGCCUAUGCGGCGAGGCCGAAGCCGGGCGGGGAGCGCUGCGGGCCCCCGAGGGGCCCCGAGGAGCCGAGGCGGCUGAGCUGAUGGUCUGGAGUGCGGCGGGUGGAGAGGGCCAGGCUUCGGUGAUCCGUUGCCCCGGGGGCCUCGAGUCUCCCGGGAGGCAGCAGCAGCCCAGGGGUGGCAGGGAUGCGCGCGGAGGAGGAGAAGGAGGAGGGGGCCGCCUGCUCGAUUGCCGGGAGUGUGCCUUCAGGACAGCCGACAGGACUGCUCUCACCACUCACUACAGGACCCACUCCUGGCUGCAGUGCGGCCACUGUGACUUCGUGACGGACGACUCAGCAGAGCUGGAGGAGCACGCAUCUCAGGGUCACCAGGUGGACGGGCCCCCCCGCUCGGGCCCCAACACUGGCCUGGACCCCCCGCUCGCAUCGCAGCCAGCCCUGAGGGCCCUGCAGAGGCCCCAUGAGGCCUUGGGACCCAUUACUCUGACCCCUGAACAGCCGCCCCGGCAGCGACCCACGCUGAUCCCUGACAACGGGCGCAAGGGCCCAGGACCCAACUCCCCGCCUAUUUCCUCUGCCAACCGGCCCAGCGGUGGCACUCAGCAGCACCUGAAGCAGCAGCAGCCACAGCACAAGAUGAAGGAGGAGCUGCCCUCCCUCAUGAGGAGGCGGCGCGGGGCGGGCGUGUCGUGCGCCAACUGCCUGACGACGCGGACGUCACUGUGGAGGAAGAACGCGAGCGGCGGCUACGUGUGCAACGCCUGCGGCCUCUACCAGAAAUUGCAUGCGACGCCGCGGCCCCUCAACAUCAUCAAGCACAGCAAUGGUGAGCAGAUCAUCCGACGGAGGACACGCAAGCGCGUCCACCCAGAGCCCACGGAUGUUGUCGCCGCUGCCAGGCAACUCAAGUGGACGUCCACUGACGACGGAAGCCCAGGCGGCAGCGGCGUUAGCGGCGGUGCUGGCAGUGCUGGCGGCGCUGGCGGGGCUGGCGGGGCUGGCGGGGCUGGCGGGGCUGGCGCGGCUGCUACCACCAAGGGCCCGCCCGGCAAACACGGUGAUCGCCCGCCCUGCGUGGCCACGCCGCCCUGCCACCCUGGCCCGCCCAGGCCGCUCUUCUCCGUGGCCGAAGGUCGCAGCAGUCCCUGCUCUGAGCAGCAGCAGCGGCAGCAGCAGCAGCAGGCAGCGGCAGGGCCAGGCGGCCUUCGGGCCGGGGACCAGCUGUGUCGCACCAGCCCCCCGGAGGACGGCGGGGGUUCGUCCGAGCGGGGCAGCCCCAUCGAGAAAUACCUGAGGCCACCAGCGCGGGCGGGCGCCACCCCGCCCGGCAGCCCCAUAGAGAAGUACCAGUUCCCGGGGCUCGGACUGCCAGCCCCACCAGGCCACGCCGUACCACCCUACACCUACCCAGACAGCGAGUGGCUGCGCUUCUGGUCCAAGUACCGCUCGGCCUUGAGCGGGGGCCCCGCCGCUCAGCUGCUGGUGCUGCAGCCCACGGGGUCCCUGCCCUGGGACCCGGCGUACCCCCCCUAUGCGCUGGGACCGCAGGCACUCGCCUGCGCCGACGCAAGCACCAGUGGCGGCAUUAGCAAUGCUCCGCUAGACUUGGCGGUGAAGCGAGCGCCGGCGGAGGAGGCGGAGGGGCGUGGCGGGGCGCUGGGACGACGGUGGCGCGGCGGCGGUGGCGGCGACAGCGGCGGCAAUGGUGGUGCAACGACGGUGGAGAGGGGCACGCAGGAUGAGGCUCCCCGCUGCCCGCACUGCGGCGUCCUCUUUCUGGAUGCCGUGCUGCAUGCACUGCACAUGAGCUGCCACGGCGACGGAGGCCCCUUCCACUGCGCUAUCUGCGCCUACGCCUGCGCCGACAAGUACGACUUUGCAACCCACAUCCAGCGCGGCCUGCACCGCCCUCCGCCCGCCACUCCAGCCAGUCCGCCUGCCAGCCCGCCUGCUAGCCCACCUGCCGGCCUGCACGCUAGCCCGCACGUUAGCCCGCAUGUUAGCCCAAAUGCCAACUGGCAUUCCAGCCCGCAUACCAGCCUGCACACUAGCCCGCACGUUAGCCCGCGUGUUAGCCCAAAUGCCAACCGGCACGCCAGCCCGCGCACCAGCCUGCAUGCUAGCCCGCAUGAUAGCCCAAAUGCCAACCGGCAUGGCAGCCAGCUCCCCAGUCCCUAUUCUAGCCCACAAACCACCCUGUACAUCAGUCCGCAUGCCAGCCCACCAGCCUGCCUACGAACCAGCCCCCCAGGCUUUCCAGCCGCUAGCCAGCGCAGCAGUCCAUCCGCUUGCCCAUCGGCUGGCUCGCCAAACCGCCCACUCAUUGGGUCGCCCGUCGAAGAGAGCGCUUCCUCGGGGACCGACCCGGGUGGCCGCGAGGAGCUCUAGGGCCGAGGAGGGAGGUGCGAGGAGUGGGGACUUGAGCAGAGGGGUUACCCCGUCCCGGAACCCGGUGUGCGAGGACAGGGCUGCGCUCGGAGCCGGGAGCACGCUCACCGGCGGCGUUAAAUUGGCUUCGCUAAUUAGAAUGUAGUAACCGGGCCUAAGAAUCUGCAUGCCCACCGCCGUGUCAGCCAGCAGGGUCGGCAGGAUGGCACGAGGUUCGAUAUGUUUUGUAACCCAGGCACCGCCUGCACUUGGCUGUGUGAAACACCUCCGCGUUCGUCACGCGGAGCGGGAGGCGUCGAAAGGGAAACCGCCCCGAGGGGUGUGCGGUGAGCGACGCGGCCUCCUCACCCUUGGUCCGUGAGCCAAAUCAGAAACCGGUAACACCCUAGGUAUCAAAACAUACUGUAAACACUCGUUAAUUACUUGAUAACCCCACUCAUAUCAAACGGUUAUCGAGUAAUUCACUGUUAUUAGCCACAAACAUAAAUUGGACCUACUAAAGUUAUUCCACCUCUGGUGGUACCAACGAGUGAGAUAUCUGCCUUGGCUCACAGACUCCCUUCCCCCGUGGCUGCCCCCGUCACCACAAGCCCCCCAUGACACCUGCAGAGCGCGAUGAAGUGGCAGCAGCAGGAGCUGUUCACACGAAGUGGUGGAGGCGUCUCGCUGUGAGGGAUGCCGAUGGAUCCUGCCUCCCUCCUCCCCUUCAUCUCUGUGCCUCCCUUUUUGCCCCCCUCCUCCCUCUCAGGCUGCACAGCCACCACCUUUGCCUGCAUUGUUUGUGUCUGAGUAUGUUUAACACGAAAGUGCUCUCUCUUUAUCUCUCUCUUUCUCUCUAUAUAUAUUUGUAUAUUUUUUAUUUACGCAAAUUGUACGCGUUCCACUGUUUACGGCCGUAUUUGCCACAGACGAGGCGUGCGGCGCGCCUCCAAGAGGUGCGCCAGGGAGCCGUGGGGGCCCUGCCUUAACCUCCGGUCCCCCGAGCCCCAGACCCCGGGGCCCAACUUUGCACUGAAGCCCCCCCCCUCUCCCGAGUCUCCAGAGCGGACGCCUUCUCGACGGUGAUCACCGCUCGGCCGAGAGAGACUCGUGGCUACGCUCACAGACACCCGCUAGCCUUACGGAGUAUGGCCGGCGAGCGCCGAUUAAGGCACGAUGUGGUUGGGUCAGCACGAUGCAUGCUCGGCCACCAACGCCUCCCCAGUGCCGACGUUUACACAACUCGUGCCGGACCACAGAGAGGUCGGGCAAGGUUUGUGGUGCACGAUGGGCAAAAAUGUAGCACAUUGUACGUCAACCACGACACACAGACACGCACGAUGACACAUGGAGACACGCAGUCGCAUGCCACUGAUUAACGCUCAACGUUUGAGUCCACACGAGGGGCAGCCGUAGGGUGAGAGUGCAGUAUGGACUCCAUCAGUUCUCAAGUCACUCUCUCCAGCUGGGUCGCUCUCAUUGGCCUCACGCUCACGUCCGUUAUACAGAACCACCGGAGGAAUUUCCGCGUUGCUGUGGAGAAGCCCAGUCUAUAGGAUUCAAUGAUGUGUACAACUUUGUGCUCAUUUGAGUGGCCCCAAAAAAAUGAUGAUAGGCUGAGCCAAGCUGCAUUAAAUAUUGUGUGAAUCGUGAUGAUUAGAGCCACUCUACCACACACCACUGACCACAUGUCCCUCACUCACAACACAUCCCUCACUACACAUUUAACUCACUACACGUGUGCCUCACUACACUUGUCCCUCAUUACACGUGUCACUACACGCAUCACCCGGUGCCACUCACUCGUUCAAUAGGGGCCAUGAAACCGGUCACACUGACCGUGCCAUGAACGACACUGACACGCACCUGCCAAUCGAUAUGAGGGCCUUUCACUAAGAAACACGAGCAUUCAUACAGCGUUUAGUGACAUGUACUCGUCCCAGCAGCCACGAAAUUCAUCAUGCAUUGAAGCCGCGUGGUUGGUGCUCAAGUCGAGACUGCAUCGCUUCCUUCCCGCCCCUUCACUGUCAAAGAUACGACAGAAGCAUGGAAGCAAUCCGCUGCAUGGCAGCUCAGCCAUUCGCAGGUGAACGAGUUUGAACAUAGCGAUGGACGUUGCCUUUCUUGGGAGUAAGCAGUUGUCGAACCGCUGUCCACGCUCCGCCUGUCUCAGAGGUCCCCACAGAUUGCAGUCCGAAGGGGCUGGCUCCAUGCUGUGUGCCGGGCGUCCGAGAUCUUCCCGUGCUGAACACCGCUGCCUUUCUCGACAGUCUCGUGGGGUUUCUGACAAAUGUCAGCCUGUGGUUCUCAGACAGAUCACGAUGCUGACCGCACGUUGUUGAUUUUCCUGGAAACCAAAUUCCAGCGCGCAUUGCAUGUCCAUAUUUUUUUAUUUUCUAAAGUUUCCAGCAGGGGAUUUUGUUUUAAGCCCUGAAGGAGAACCCGGGUGUUUCCAUUCGGUGUUCAAGCACUCGCCUCCUGGAUCAGGAUUGUUCCGGGUUUCAUCGGCGGUGGUGAUGCGAGACGAGGAUACAUUCACUGCCUCCACACAGGAGUCUGGACGGCGAGGCAGGAUUUAACAGCCUACCCAAAGUGGCCAUCAUCGUGCGUACAUUUUUACUCGCCUGUUGUCUAUACUUAGGGCUCAACAAGAGUCAUGUUGCCCGGAGUUUGUCUCAACUAGGACUCGCACAUCUGCCAUCUUGGCACAUGUUCCGAUUGCAUCUGAUCCACCCAUUCACAAACUGCACAACUCACAGUCGUCACUGUCUUGUGGCUUUAUUCUUUGUUCCGUUUCACUUGUCCACAUGGUCACAACAAAACAUACACAGCAACAACUUGAUGCUAGUAUGUGCAAUUUUGGGAAGGUGCCGUGCCAACAGAUUGAAACGCGUGAUGUGUCUGCCAUCUAGUGGUAACAUCUGUACACCGAGUGGUCGUAUCCCGGCCCCGUGGCUCAGCGGUAGAGUGAGCGUUUCGUAUUCACAAGGUUUGCGAGUUCAAAUCCUCGUUUGGAGGUUAACUCAGUCCAUCUUUUUACGGUCCAUAAAAUAAGCACCACAUUGAGAAAGUCAACAGUGGUUGUCCUAUGGAUAGCCUCGCCCCCGACAUAGACAUGAACCUUGAGUCCCACAUAAAAGCUCAUGCGAGCAGGAAACUGCCUCUUUGCCCAGGGUCGUGAUUCAUUCACCCCGCAGUUGCCAAGUUCGCGUUGACGUCAGUCGCACAAUUGUUACGUUCCCGUGAUACCCGAGUCAUAAAUUCGCUUGGCGUUAACACAACACCGAGUCCAGUCCCUACGCGUUAGGAGAAGAGGUCGUGUGAGUUUGGUGAGAAUCCAGUGAGAUUCUGGUGAGUGGUACGAAUAUGGAGAAUCUGAUGCGAGUGGUGAAUGUCUGGUGAGGUUGGCAGGAUGCUGCUGGGGGCCUCGUACCUGUCAAGACGUGAGUGCCCCUCUCAUCUCGCACACUGCAAUAUCAUUGCGAUCGCUGCAAUGACCGCGUAACGACGAUGGGUAACACGAUAAUGUGGGGCUCAAUCAUUCAGAGUUUUGCACAACUAUACCGUGGUUUCCCUUCCUCGUGUGAGCUGCCCUUUUCAGCUUCCCUGAUCUCGUAGGAAAUGUCCUUCCAUGACACCAGUGUCCGUUCCCUGUAAGGGAUUGCCCUUAUGUGCUAUCAGCUGCCUUUCCCUGGUACGAGCUGCCCUUCCCCGGAAUGCACUGCCCUUGCCUACAUAUAAGCUGCCCUUUCCUUUGAUCUGCACUCCCCCUUCUUUCUCUGCCGCGGUAUUUCCCGGAUUGCUCCGGGCGUCUCUUAUCGUUAUCUUCGUCUUCGUUUUAAUUGCAUCCCCGUGUCCCCGCUGUCCGUCCUUGUGCCAUGAGCGAACUGUGGCCUGGCUAUGGAGGAAAAUAAACUCAGAUGAACUUUCA